AUGAACUUAUGUAUAGUGAUUAUUUUCUACAAACAACAAAACAAUAAGAAGGAUGAUGAUACUGUAAAGUUGUGUCAUGAGACAAAAGAUGGGAUGACAUUAAUCCACAAAGGUUGCAAGCCCGAGAAGGACAAGUUUGGAAUUAUUGGAUUACAAGUAGCAGGAUCGAUGUUAUAUCUGAAUAUUCUUUUGAGAAAUCGGGCUAACAUUGGCAUAUAUUACCAUCUAAAAGAGUCAAAAGUUCCGGUACAACAAUCUUACUCGGCUGUCGUGGCUAAAUUUAUCUUGUCGAUUUUGAGGAAUAUCUUGUACAUUAAUACGUCUUUGAUACCUUGUGCGCCAUUAACAAAAUUGUACAGGAAGUUCAACGUACCUACCUAUUCUCAUGGAAGAAUAUCAGCAAAUAACCUUAGAACAGUAUACCCAACAAUGAUUAUUGAAGUUGGCCACACUCAGAGUUUUCCUGGCCUUCAUCAAAAAAUAUUUGAACCUCAUGUAGACCAUACUAUUGUAUUAAUUGUUGUGUUAUGCCUUUGUACAAGCUUAACACCAUUGAUUCCAGUUCGUGUCAUCUCUUUUGGAACAGCAAGUCCACAUCAGAAUACUGUGACCUAUAUUACUAAUAUUAAUAAUGGUAUGGGUGUUCCUCCUGAUAACUUUAUUGGUGUUGGAUGUAUUGAUUCAUCUAAUGGUGAUCAUAAUUAUCCCCUUUGUAAUGUGGCUGGCAUUGCAACAUACCAAACGAGUAUUCCCGCAGCUGAACUAUUUGAUGGAGAUACACAUGGAAUUCCUGCAGGGUUUGAUAAUGGAUUUUAUUUGGAACUCUGA